AUGACUAUUACACCAGCACGGCUUGCAACUGUAACAGCCACAUCUGGCACGUAUCAGAAUGCUCGUCAGAAAGUGUUGGCGCUCUACAGAGACUGGCAACGAGCGGCCCCAACGAUAAUAACAGAAUACCACCUCGACAUUCCGACAUCUGCAGUUAGAGCAAAGAUCCGGGAAGAAUUUGAAAAACAUAGAUAUGUAAAUGACCUACGGCUGAUUGACAUACUGCUGUUUAAAGGGCGAACAGAGUAUCAGGAAACAUUGAACCUGUGGAAGUUUAGCACGCAUCUAUUGAAUUAUUUCGAGAAAGAAGAAGCUGGACCAAAGCCGGCGGGGUUCUUGGAGAAGUUUUAUGGUAAUGCGAAUUUCAAAAUCGAAAAGAUCAUUAGAUGA